ACCAUUCCUGCCGUUCACCUGUGCACGGCAAAAGGCGGCAAUUAAAAAUUGUUUUUUCAUUCUAUGCACACGAAAUGAUAAAAACCAAGAACUUUUAUCCGACGAACCCUGUACAACAAUAACAAAGAGCUGUCAAACCUUGUCAGGUUUGUUGUUCAUGUAUACCUUGCUCGAACGGAAAACAAGCUGUGAAUGCCGUUUUUUUGGUUCUUUAAAAUUUACAUUUUACAAUGAGUAACGUCGAGGAAGUCUGCCGCCUUUGCUUACGUGCGUUUCCCAGAGUUGCCAGAGGAAGAAUUGCGAUCGCAAAUGAAGUGUUUCAACCAAAGCUGCAAGCAGUGUUUCCGUUUGCCAUUUUGCCAGCAGAAAAUCUUCCGGUUGAUGCCUGCCGCGGAUGCCGUGUAACGAUAGAUCAGUUUUUCGAAUACAGUGAAAAGGUACGAUCGAAUCAGGCAGAUUUAGUUGCUGCAUUGCCAGCCCCAAUCAACGAUGACGAUGGUCGAAAAGAGAUGGUUGAAACGGAAUUGAUGGACAAUUUUCAUUUAAAAAUUGAAAGUCCCAAUCAAACGAUUGCAGGAACAGUUUCGGUUGAGACUGACUCCAAUGAACAUUUUCAUGUUGAGCUGUUAAAAGUAGAACCUUUAGUGCGUGCCAGCGCACAACGUGCAGAACAGACCGACAUACAACGGUCAGAAUAUUUGAUCAAAACCGAAUCAAACGAAAGCUUAGACGACGAUUUCGACAUUCAUCAAGUAGAUACACUCACAGAUUCCCCGAGCGAACAGACUUGGAGUGAGCGGAAGAUUUUAGAACCGGCUUCCAGAAAAAAGAAACAACCUCGCGUUGAGGACGAAAAACUGUUGCGCGAACAUUUCCAUCUGGGAUGUGAAAUGUGCUCCUAUAUGUCAGAAACGGUGCCUGAUCUCUUUCAGCAUUACCGCCAGGAGCACAAAACCGCCGGUUACGUUCAGUGCUGUAACCGAAAGUUCUUUCGACGUGCGCGUCUACUCGAACAUCUCGGCGCUCACCUGGGCUCGAUAGUGUGCGACAUCUGUGGUAAAGUGUUCCGGAAUACUUUCUCACUCGAUCUACACAAACUGGACCACGAAGCACCGGAUGCGAGACAAUUCAAGUGUGACCAGUGUAGUUUUUCGUUCCAUAAACUGUACCAUCUGAAGCAGCAUCAAAAGCGUCACGAGCGGGUACGCUGCGCGAUUUGCGAUAAGGUUCUAGCGGGUGAGCUCGGACUGAAAGGGCACAUGCAGAAAAUGCACGGUAGCGACAACAAACAAAUCUGCCCAACUUGUGGGAAAGUGUUCCGUUGCAGUGUGGCGAUGGAACGCCACAUUAAGGUGCAUUUGGGCAUCUUAAAGAUCGAUCGAGUGCAAUGUGAUCGUUGCGAAAAGUGGUUCGACAAUAAACUCAACCUCCGGAAUCAUUUCAAGCGCGUACAUGAUGAAGCGGGACCAAUUCAGUGCGACGAGUGUCUACAUGUAAGUCCCAAUCGUAGGGCGCUUGUUUAUCAUAAGGCAAGAGCACACGGACAGAAACAAAUGUACGAGUGUGAAUAUUGCGGAAAGAAGCUCAACACGAAGCUUACGUUGAAGGAGCACUUGUCCAUACAUACGAAUAUUCCGCUCUACUCGUGCGAGUUCUGCGGAAUCACUUUCAAUUCGAACGCGAACAAGUAUGUCCACCGUAAGAGCAAACACCCGAAGGAAUGGGAAGCUCAAAAGCAACAGAAGCUUUUAAAAAGAAUGACUCCGACCGUGGCUACCAUUCGCAUAAAGCAGUGCGCAAAAAUGACCGAAAAAUGUCGCCUUUGCCUGGGAAGUUUAUCGAACCAAGCAAGAGUAUCGAUCAGAGACACAGCCUUCCAUGUAGAGCUGAAAAAUGUGUUCCAUUUUGAUAUUGCGUAUGAUGUGCAACUGCCGGAAUACGUGUGCGUCGAAUGCAGAGGUGCUGUGGCAUAUAUUGACUCAUACUGCCAGCAGGUUCGGAACAACCAGAUACAUCUGAUCGGACAAGCAAAGGAAAGCAUUCUGCAACCUGUGGAAAAUGUGAAAUUAGAGUCCCUUUACGAUGCGAAUUGUUUCGAAGCGGAAGAAUGCGCUUCAAAAAAUGAACCUGAAGUUGAACAGGACAUGCAAGCAGGUCAGCCGAGCAGUCCUACUGGUAUCAAUGAUGAGAAGAAAACGUACCCACAUGUUAGAGAAGCAGCAAAGUGUGUGGUUGUGGAUAAAUCGAAACAAGACAAAUCCUGGCGGCGGAGUCGCAGAAAUAUAAAAGCAAACAACAUCUUAGACAGAGUAAGUGCAAAGCGAGACAGCCCGAAACAAGAACUACAAACAAAGCAGUUAGAGAACGACCAAUUGAUAAAAGAUUUCUUCACCCUUGAGUGUGAGAUCUGUUCUGCACCAUUGGAAAGCUUUGUAACGCUGCUAGAACACUAUCGAUGCGCGCAUGAUACGAGGGGCUACGUACGCUGCUGUGGUAAGCAGUUCUUUCGACGUUACAUACUGGUGGAUCAUAUCGCUGCACACCGUGGGUCGACGCGGUGUGAAAUUUGCCAGAAAACCUACAAAACCAAACGCUAUCUGAUGCUGCAUAUUGCUAAAAGCCACAGCAGCGAGGAGGAACGACCAUUCAAAUGUGCCAAGUGUCACAUCUCUUAUCCCAAGCAGUACUUGCUACGAGCGCACGAACUGCUACAUGUUCAGCAACAGUGCCAUAUUUGUCAGAAGGUGCUCUCUAACAAUCAGUCGCUUAAAGUGCACAUCGCUCAAAUGCACAGCGAUGAUGGAAAUCACAUUUGUGACACGUGCGGUAAAGUUUUUCGCACAAAACCGGCCAUGGAACGGCACAUCAAUGAGCAUCAAGGGUUGGAUGUAGUUAAGCGACUGCAGUGCGAGUUCUGCAAGAAGUGGUUCAGCGGAAAGUACAAUCUGAACAAACACAUUCGCUUUCUGCAUAUGCAAGAUGGCCAAGUAUUUCCAUGCGACGUCUGCCAACACGUUAGUCCAAAUAGUCGAGCUCUUGCGAAUCACAAGCAGCGGAUACACGUGGAGGAAAGAUUUGAAUGCGAGUACUGCGGGAAGCGGUUCAAACGAAGGCCUAAUUUGCGCGAGCACAUUGCAACGCACACGAACGUUCCAUUGUAUUCGUGCGAAAUCUGCGAGAAUCGUACGUUCAACUCGAAGGCGAAUUAUUUUACGCAUCGAAAAAACAAACACCCGCAGGAAUGGGAAGCACGUGCACGUUUGCGGGCCGAACGAUUGAUGAACAAUACUCCAAAUCAUUAACAUUCGUUCAGCAGUAAUAGUAUGCCAUAUGAAUAAAAAAUAUAGAAUAAUUUUGCCAGAAAGCUUAUAAGAACUUUAGCAGCAAAUUGUUUAUCCGG